GAGAUGGCUGCAACCCUGAGAAGAAGUGAUAGCAGAGAAUUACCUCCUUAUCUGUCUGAAUUAAUGAACAAACGUGAAAAACAUGCAGCUUCAUUCAUCAAACAGUUUGAUAGCAGUGAACGCAGGAUGAGAGAGAUUGUUAGAGAGUUUAGGGAGAUCGCAGCCAAAGUCAGAAAGAUGCAGGAGAGAACAGAUAAAGUCAGAAGAACAGCUCUUGGUAUGCCAUUGGGCUUACUUGCAGGCGGAGCAGCAGUAGCAGCAGCAGGAACAGAAGCAGCAGGAGCAGCAGCAGCAGCAGUAAUAGCAACAGUAGGAACAAUAGGAGUAGGAAUAGCAGCAGGAUCAGCCAUUUUAGUUGCUGGUGCAAAUGUAACAAAAGGGAGAUCAGAGAGUGGAAGUGUACAUAAAGUAAAACAGCUGUGGAAAGACUUCAUGGAGAUUAUUGAACCGCUGAAGAAUGACCUGGAAGAAAUAAAGACGACAUUUAAGAAGUUGGAGCAAAGAUCAGCUGAAGAAACAAAGAAGACGUGUGAGAAGUUGGAGCAAAGAUCAGCUGAAGAAACAGUUCAACUUCAGGCUGAAAAGACUCUGACAGACAUGGAGGACUUUCAGACUCUUACAGUAGUGUCUAUCCUGGGAAGAGGUGAGGGAGUAAUGUCUGCUAUGUGGAAUGUCUUCACACUCACAGCGUCCCCUGAAGAGGACAGAAAGUUAACAGACUCCAUCAUCCAAUCAGCUGAUUGCUGUCAGGAAGUCAUCGAUGACUUGAAGAAGAUGAAGGAAGAACUCAAAGACUUCACAGAACAGUGAACACUUCCACUGCUUCGCUGAUGAUGUCCAGAUCUACAUCUCUACCAAAUCCAUCACCACAGCUACAUCCUCCACCCUGACCAACUGCCUCAUCAAUAUUUAAACCUAUCUAUCUAACCCAACU